GCCUGGAGAGUCCCAGCUCAGAGCGGGAUCUGAGAGGAGGCGGAGAUGGCGUCCCAGCCGCCGCCUCCGCCGAAACCCUGGGAGACCCGCCGGAUUCCGGGGGCCGGGCCGGGGUCAGGACCCGGCACCACUUUCCAAUCUGCUGAUUUGGGUCCUACUUUAUUGACAAGACCUGGACAACCAACACUUACCAGAGUGCCACCGCCUAUUCUUCCAAGGCCAUCCCAGCAGACAGGGAGCAGUAAUGUGAACACUUUCAGACCUGCUUACAGUUCAUUUUCUUCUGGAUAUGGUGCCUAUGGAAAUUCAUUUUAUGGAAGCUAUAGCCCUUAUAGUUAUGGGUAUAAUGGGUUGGGCUAUAACCGCCUUCGUAUAGAUGAUCUUCCACCUAGUAGAUUUGUUCAGCAAGCUGAAGAAAGCAGCAGAGGUGCAUUUCAGUCCAUUGAAAGUAUCGUGCAUGCAUUUGCCUCUGUCAGCAUGAUGAUGGAUGCUACCUUUUCAGCUGUCUAUAACAGUUUCAGGGCUGUAUUGGAUGUAGCAAACCACUUUUCCCGAUUAAAAAUACACUUCACAAAAGUAUUUUCAGCUUUUGCAUUAGUUAGGACUAUAAGGUAUCUUUACAGACGGUUACAGUGGAUGAUAGGUUUAAGAAGAGACUCUGAGAAUGAGGACCUGUGGGCAGAAAGUGAAGGAACUGUGGCUUGCCUUGGUGCUGAGGACAGAGCAACUAACUCAGCAAAAUCUUGGCCAAUAUUCUUGUUCUUUGCUGUUAUCCUUGGUGGUCCUUACCUCAUCUGGAAACUGCUGUCUACUCACAGUGACGAAGUAACAGACAAUACCAACUGGGCAAGUGGUGAGGAUGACCAUGUAGUUGCUAGAGCAGAAUAUGAUUUUGUUGCUGUAUCCGAAGAAGAAAUUUCUUUCCGUGCUGGUGAUAUGCUAAACUUAGCUCUCAAAGAACAGCAACCCAGAGUGCGUGGUUGGCUUCUGGCCAGUCUUGAUGGUCAAACAACAGGACUUAUACCUGCUAAUUAUGUCAAAAUUCUUGGUAAAAGAAGAGGUAGAAAAACAGUGGAAUCCAGUAAAAUUUCCAAGCAGCAACAGUCUUUUACCAACACAACACUAAUUAAAGGAGCAACAGCUGCUGAUUCUUUGGAUGAACAGGAAGCUGCCUUUGAAUCUGUUUUUGUUGAAACUAAUAAGGUUCCAGUUGCACUUGAUUCCACUGGGAAAAAUGUCGAUAAACAAGAUCUUUGAUAACUUUCAUGUUUACCUGCAGCUGAACUAUACUUCAGAGUACUUUUAAAAAGUUUCUUCUUACAAAGAAAUUCAUCUUCAAUCCAAUGAAAACAUUUGUUAAUGGCUAUUCCAGAUGUUUUGUUGCUAGAAAUUAUUAAAGUUGUACACUAGUAUGUUGGUCUAGUGACCUGGUUACAUUUUACGAGUUGUUAUUGGACCAUGAGGAUAUUUGUUUUACCUAGAUUUUAAGAUUAUGGAGACUAUCAUUACCAUCUUAUUUAAAACCCUGUGUUUAUUGAAAGAAUAGGAUUCAUGAACUAUAGAAUACACAGUUUGCUACAGUAGGGAUCACUAAUGCAUUUUAAAAUUCUAGAUUAAUUGACUUGGAAUCCUCAGAAGUUGAGUGACAACAUAUAAAUAUCAGAACAGGCAAAAAGGCUAAUUUUUCUACAACUUUAAACAGAAUAAUAAAAAUUUUCUGAUGUGUAUUACAUCCAGUAUUGGGUUUUUUAGGCAGUAGUAAUAUGUUUUCACCCACCGACAAUUGAUACUUUUAUCUUUUAUUGUAUUUUUUAAAAAUUUAUCUUGGAAAAGUCACUAGAAGCAUUGUGAAGGAAAUGGUUCCAGGGUGACAUAUAGCCCUAAUUUAGUUUUCCCUGCUAAUAAAGAGGCUAUAAUUUAUCUUUCUUACAGAUUAUUUCCAUUUCUUCAGAGGAUCAUAUCCCUUUACAGUAUGAUUAGUUUUCAUCCUGGGUGAAUCAGAAUACAUAUAUGAAAGAUUUACUUUGUUUUCCUGCAGCCAAGACUCAAGUCCUUUGAGUUUCCAACUCAGUUCCAGCAGCAACGAUUUUAAAUCUUUUCAUAGAUUCUCUGCUUCUACCUAAUAUAAUUAACUUUUUAAAAUUCCAUAUUCAGGCUGUUCUUUAAACAUUGAGAGUGUGUCACAUUGGGUACACAUUUCUUUUAGGUGUGGUUUUUACCACUGAGACUAUAAAUACAAUGCUGAAUUGCCAUUUAGAAUAUGAUAGUGCUAUUUGACUUGUUUUUUGUUUAAUAAUGAUUUUAAAUCUAAUUAAAUUUCAGAACACUGAAUAUUUCUCCACAAAACUGGAAAAUUCAUGUACUUGCUGUGAUCAUACUACAAAAAUAAUACUAUCAGAAAUACAGGGUACAAGAAUACAUUUACAUAUAUUGUUGAAAACUUGGAAUUAUUUGAUAAAGAUUUUGAUUUAGUAUUUUUAUCUUUCUUCUUACAGACUUUAUGUUCAACAAGUAAGUAAUUCUAGAACAGUUCAAACUAAAACAUUAGGAACCAAGUAUGUGUAUAAUCAACAUAGAAUUUUACUAAAGUCUUCUUGGGAAUCUCUCUUUUGAGACAAUAUAAUAACUAAUAUAUCAUUUAAAAUACAAAUGUUGACCCCGUGCAGAAAAAGUAAUAAGAUAGUAAAAUCUGUUUAUCUUAGGCAUAUUUUUCUAACACCUGGUUCUUCAAACCUUCAAGUUAAGGGGAUUAAGUUACUUAUAUAUUAUUUUCCAUUUGUGUUCUACAAUUAGAGGUUCUGCUUUUUUGUUAGAAAGUAAUUUAUGGAAAUUUUGUUAUUGAAACAACUUUUGAUAAAUUAUUAAAUUUAGCAUUGAGACAUCUAAAUUGAAUACUAGAAGUGAAGUAGAGGUGAGAUGUUGAGUCGGCGCUAUUUGGAUUAGAAAAGGUGGGUCUUUAAGAUAGUACUUGUGAUUGCUAUUAAAGAUAUAUAGGGAGGGCCUCCCUGGUGGCACAGUGGUUGAGAGUCCGCCUGCAAAUGCAGGGGACACGGGUUCGUGCCCCAGUCUGGGAGGAUCCCGCAUGCCUCGGAGCAACUAGGCCUGUGAGCCAUGGCCGCUGAGCCUGCGCGUCCAGAGCCUGUGCUCCACAACGGGAGAGGCCACAACAGUGAGAGGCCCGCAUACUGCAAAAAAAAAAAAAAAAAAAAAAAAAGAUGUAUAGGGAGAAGAGUAUAGUACAGAAUGAAUGACAAAAAUAAUUUGACUUGGGACAUCCCUGGUGGUCCAGUGGUUAAGACUCCGAGCUUCCAAUGCAGCGGGCGUGGCUUCCAUCCCUGGUGGUCGGGGAACUAAGAUCCCACGUGCCUGCAUGGCAUGACCAAAAAAAGAAAAAAAUUGACUUUUCUUAGGGUGUUUUUCGUUUUGUUUUGUUUGUUUGUUUUUGGUUAAGAAUGCUAAAUUGCAAUGUAUAUUAUCUGACUGGUAACUAUUUGUGUUUGAAAAUUCCUUUUCUAUUAAGAAUCUAGAAAAGGAAUUUAGGACUAGAAUAAGCAGAGACAUUUUGUAACCUUUUUUAGAUGACUAAAUGUAAUGUUUAAGGCUCCAAUAUUGUUAUUUUUAGGAACUUAUUUAAGGACUGCUACUUUACAGAAAUUACUAACUGAAACUAAAACACUUUCAAUUAAAUAAAAUAAUAAAUCACAAGUUACAACAAGAAAACAGGUUUCAUUUAAAAUUUUUUUCUGAUUGUAGUUUAUCAGUGUAGAAAGGAAAAGGUAGGAGGACUAUAAAUUUUCAUGUUUUAACAUUUCAUUUAGGUACUUGAUUUAGUCUAUCAGUGUGUCAUAAUUAUAUAUUUACUUGAAUACUGCUGUCCUUUAUCUUGUGCUUUCUUUAAUAGAAAAAAGAAUGAUAUUAAAUGCAGUUAAAAUUUUAUUUUUAAUAGAUUGUUAAGUUGCUUUUACUGGACAAAUAAAAAUAUAUUAAACUUGAUUGAUGUUUUUUGAAGACAAACAACUCUUUUCAGGAUUGCAAUUAAUGUAAAAGUCUCUGUAUUUUUCUUCAUAUCAUUGUGUAUAUUAACUACUGCAAACCAAUGUGUCUGCUCUAUUUCCUUGUGAUUUGAAGAAAAUAUUAAAUUUACAUUUAUAUAAAAA